AUGGAGAAGCUGGCGGCGGGGCUGGCCCGGCUCCGCUGGAGCCCCGCGGCGCUGCCCCUCGAUGCCAUCGUCAGCCAGUGCCGGCUGCCCACCCUCGUCUGCCUGGGGCAGGGUGAGCGUGUGGAGGGGGUGAGCGCCCAGGACGUGCUGCUGGUCCACUCCUGCCGGCAGUGGACGACGGUGACGGCUCACAGCCUGGAGGAGGGACACUACGUCAUCGGCCCAAAAAUCGACAUCCCUCUGCAGUACCCAGGGAAGUUCAAGCUUCUGGACCAGGACCGGGACAUCCGUGAGCCUGUGCAGUACUUCAACAGUGUGGAGGAGGUGGCCAGCAUCUUCCCAGAUCGCGUCUUUGUCAUGGAAGCCAUCACCUUCAGUGUGAAGGUGGUGUCGGGGGAGUUCAGCGAGGACAGCGAGGUGUACAACUUCACUCUGCACGCCGGGGACGAGCUGACGCUGAUGGGGCAGGCGGAGAUCCUCUGCGCCAAGACGGUGAAGGAGAAGUCUCGCUUCAACACCCUGCUGCGCAAGCUGGGCAAGGCCGGGCCAGCGGCGGGGGCCAGGCAGGUGAAGGGUAAGAUGCCCUGCUUGAUCUGCAUGAACCACCGCACCAACGAGAGCCUCAGCCUGCCCUUCCAGUGUAAGGGCCGCUUCAGCACCCGCAGCCCGCUGGAGCUGCGGCUGCAGGAGGGCGAGCACACCAUCCGCAGCAUCAUCGAGAAGGUGCGGCUGCCCGUCAACGUGGCCGUGCCCAGCCGCCCCGCACGCAACCCCUACGACCUCCACGCCAUCCGAGAGGGCCACUGCUACAAGCUGGUCAGCAUCAUCUCCAAGACGGUGGUUCUCUGCUGCAUCCUCCGCCGCGACGAGCUGGUCCCUUUCCACUUCCUGCUGCUGACCGACAUGCCCCGCUUCCAGCUGCCAGAGGGGCUCCUGGCAGGGGACCCCCAGCUGGAGAAGCUGCUGCGGGACAGUGCAGCCUACUGCCACGACCGCUUCAACCCCGACGAGUACUCGCGGGCCGUGCGGGAGGCCAAACCUGACUUCUUGGAGGAGUGUGCCAGCCCCCGGCGCCUGCGGCUCUGCUUGCCCGCCUGUGCCCGGGAGGAUCUCACCCAGCCCCUCCAGCGUCUGUCCCUCUGCGCUUGCAGCAACGGAGGCCCCCGAGGAAGCACCGCCCGCUGCCAGGGACCGCGGGGCAUGGGGGUGGGCACCCCACACCCCACACUGCCCGACUUCCCCGAUCCCGACCGGGAAUACAUGACGCCCGACUGGGCUGAGCCCGAGUUCAGGACUCAAGAGCCGCUGGAGAUCCCCUAUGAGGAACUCUGGAGCAAUUCCAGCCUGGAGGGGUGCUGUGAGCCGGGCAGCGUCACCGGCCGGCAGGACCUUGUCUCCUUCAGGAUCGGCUCCCCGCUGGGCUCCCCACAUCGCCCCGGUGUGGCCGGGGAUGAGCCCCGUGGGGACAACCCACCCCCUGUGCCACCCAAGUCGGAGGCGGUGAAGGAGGAGUGCCGGCUGCUGAAUGCACCCCCAGUGCCACCCCGGGGCAGCCGUCCCCCAGCACACUGCAGUCCCCCUACGCCCCUGCGCUGCCUGAAGCUGGCACCCGCUCCCUCGCCCAGCCCCAGCCUCUCCUACUACUCCUCGGGGCUCCAUGACGGGUCGGUCCCACGGAGUGGCAGCGGCUCGCCCUCGCCCGACGCCUACUCCCUGUACUGCUACCCCUGCACCUGGGGGGACUGCAAAGCCGGGGAGACCCCCGGGCCCUCGCUACCCGCCGCCACGCUGACCCCUGCCACCCAACCGGCCCCCACGUCGUGGUCGGACCCCUGGGCAUACGCUGAGGCGGGUGCUGGUGUGGGCAGCAGCUGCUCGACGCCGCUGCCGGCAUCCGAACCCGCGCUCAAGCCCUUCCGCAGCUGCCCCCGCCUGAAGCCCCCCCAACCCCAAAAACGCUUUGCCCCUUUUGGGGCACUCAACCCCUUUGCCGGCCCGGCUGAGUGGCCCGAAAGCCCAGAGUGGCCCAAGGCACCUUCAGCCCCUACCGCCCCCUCUUCCUCCUCACCAGAGCCUUUCGCUCCCGCAGAGGAGCCGGUACCUCCCCCUCGCCCCUCCAAGGGCUUUGAAGGGGACGGCAUCGUCAUCCAGGGGGCAGCCCCGCUGUCACCAGCAGUCCUACGCGGGGCCGAGGGGGGCGUCACCCGCCUCUACCUGGCUCAGGGCAUCAUCGAGGUGCCACCGGCAGGCCGGGGUGAUGGGGGACCCCCGCCGGCCGCAGCCCUCCGUCCCAGCGGUGACGGUUCGCCCUGGCUGCCCCCUGCCGACCUCUCGGCCCUCUCGCUGGAGGAGGUCUCCAAGUGCCUGCGUUUCAUCGGCCUCUCCGAGGACGUGGUCAGCUUCUUUGCCCGGGAGCGCAUCGACGGCAGCAUCUUCGUCCAGCUCAGCGAGGAGAUCCUGGCUGACGACUUCCGCCUCACCAAGCUCCAGGUGAAGAAGAUCAUGCAGUUCAUCAAGGGCUGGCGCCCCAAGAUCUAA